GUUGUUGAAAAGACUCAUUCAGAUUCUAGGGACUUAAAUCUGUCCAGUGAAAAGUUCCAAGGAGUCGGCGAGGAAACAAAUGUUGUUACAAAAUUAAAAGAAAUAAAAGACAACCUCUUGAAACGUCACCACUCAGAGGCUUACAAAGCUGGACUGCAGCAAGAGCUUGGACACGCAGGGGCAGGCUCUAGUCAGCAGUCUUCACAACCAACAUCUGCUCCAGUGAUUGGAACUGAUUUAUCUCAAGAGCAGCUGCCAAACGCUGACCUCCUGGUUUCUGCGAUCGCCCAGUAUUUGAAAAGUCAACUAAUGAAAACACCUGACCAGCAGGCCAAUGAACAGAAAGAUAUUAGCCACGCAGCACAUGCUUCAGAUUCUGGGUCAAACAGUAAAUAUGUGGCACACAUGUCAUCCCAACCAGCUGGAUCACAUUCAGUACAAGACCACAGUUAUUUGACUUGGCAAUCACCUUCCAACACACACCCAAAUUUUAACCCUGCAACUCUGGCUCCUAGGACCACAAAUUCAGUUCCUUUCCAUCUACCAGAGCAUUCAGACAUAUAUGCUCAAAGAACUAUACCAGAACUGGGAAACAAUAGUGCCCCGACUCUAAAUCUAUCAGCUCAUUCACUCACUUCAAAUGUCCCAUUCUCUACCUCAAACCAUUCUGCUGCUGCUGGUGGAUAUCCUGUGCCAUAUUCAAGUAUAAAUACAGCUAAAUUCAAAGGACCAUUUCCAUUUUAUCAAGACUCCAGCUCUGGUAUGAUGAUGCCAUAUCCCUAUCCUCAUUCAGGUCAAGGACAAACUUUUGUGCCAAAUUUUCCUGUUAACAUGGGAGACAACUAUGCAUCCAGUGGUCACCAUUUUAAUCAAGGCCAAUUACAGACAUCUCCUAAUUAUUUACCUCAUAUGCAUUACUCCAGAAGUGGGACACAAACUUUCCCCAGCACUCCUCAGUCCGGCAGACAUCAGAUGAGAGACUGUGACGUCUGGAAUCAAAGCUCAGAAUUUCCUCACCAGCAGAAGCAUCAAAGACACAGACAUCACGGAUCCCAUCAUCGUAGCGGUCAAUCAGAUAGGGAGGCCAGCAUCUCUCAUU